AUCUGACAUUUUGUUUCAGUUUUUUAUUUAUUCAUCUAUAAUUAAAGAAUCACCAAUAAGGUUCAAACUUUGACACAAAUUAAUCCUUUUUUUUUUUUUUUUACUUCAGCCAGAGUGACAAUGUGCUCUGUGAAAAACUUAGAUUAUUCUUUAUUUAAAUAAAUACAUAGAUAAAGUUUCUCACCACUACUUUUAUGUUGUGGCAAGGUUACAUGAAUAUUUGACCCUGACAGAACACACUUUUCUGGUAAUUGGUGAAUAGAUUCAGCAGAGAGCUCUGAGAACCGGCCUCAAAAAAAUGUUCCAAAAAUGUAAUCACCUUAACCAGAACAACAAUAUGUUUAACCUUAACUUUUGCUUUGAGUUUGGGUGAGAAAGUGAAAUAAAGUGAAGUGAAGUGAGGGGGAGGGACUGAGCCCUGCAGGAAGCUUGGAGGCAGAGCCAUAUUUCUAUGAAGUCACUGGUGUCUGUUGCCUUCUUUCAUCUCUCUGUCCUGGUGAGUGAAAUGUGCUCCUGUCUUGCAAAGCGAGCUGAGGAUCUAAUACCAAACCACCAGCGAACCUUCAGUGACCACAGCAGCAGCAGCAGCAGCAGCAGCAGCAGCAGCCACAUCAUGCUCUUCACGGGAUCAGCGCCUUCAGAAGUUGAUUUACAGACGAGGUGCAAACUGUCUUCAUAGGUGUGUUUUUCAGAGUUCUUUUUUUUUUUUAACAAUGUUCCCCAGGCUUUUCUCAAGAGCGAGCAAGUUUCCUGCUCUGGACCGGAAAAUAAUGGCGUUAAGAAAAGUUGUUUCACUCAUCUUCAACUUAAAGCAGAUUUGAAAAAAUUUAAAAAAUAAAAUUAAAAAAAUGAAUAACCAAUCGACGACAGGGAGGACCAUGGUCCCGACCAUCCCGUCGAUUAUGUUCAUCUUCGGGGUGGUUGGGAAUGUCAUCGCCAUCGUGGUUCUUUGUAAAUCUCGGAAGGAGCAGAAAGAAACCACCUUUUACACGCUGGUGUGUGGUCUGGCAGUCACGGACCUCCUCGGCACCCUGCUGGCCAGCCCGGUCACCAUCGCCACUUACGUGAAAGGAUCGUGGCCCGGUGAGGACCCGCUGUGCCAGUACUUUGGAUUCGACAUGCUUUUCUUCUCUCUGGCUGGACUCAGUAUCAUCUGCGCCAUGUCGGUGGAGAGAUACAUCGCCAUAAACCAUGCCUACUUCUACAAUGACUAUGUGGACCAAAAACUGGCGGGGUUGACGCUCCUGGCGAUCUACAUCUCCAACGCGCUUUUCUGCGCGCUGCCGAUCAUCGGCUUCGGUCAGGUGAAGAAACAAUACCCGCAGACAUGGUGUUUUCUAGAGUGGAGGAGCAACAAGACGAGCGAUGCCGCCUACUCCUACAUGUAUGCGGGCUUCAGCUCUCUUCUUAUCCUCGUCACUGUUAUCUGUAACGUGUUGGUGUGCGGGGCUCUGAUCCGGAUGCACCGGCGCUUCGUGCGCAGGAUGUCGCUGGGAACCGACCUGGGGCGCAACGUGGACCCGCGGAGGAGAGGACGCAGCUUUGGGCGUCUGGCCGGAGCAGAGAUUCAGAUGGUCAUUCUGCUCAUAGGCACGUCGGCAGUGGUGCUUAUUUGCUCCAUCCCGCUUGUUGCACAGGUGUUUUUGAACCAGCUGUAUAAGACUCCAGUGGAGCUGAAGUUGGAGAAAAACCCUGAUCUACGGGCGAUACGUUUCGCCUCAUUCAACCCCAUCCUCGACCCCUGGAUCUACAUCCUGCUCCGCAAGGCGGUUCUCCUCAAGCUCAUUGAGAAAAUCAAGUGCUUGUUCUGCAAGAUAGGAGCACGGAGGCAACAGAGACAGGGGAACUUCCCCUGUAUAGAUGCCCACCAGCUCUCCUCGGUCAUUUCUAAGCGGGACUCAAACUCCACUGUUUCCCGCGACCUGCGAGAUCUCUCCAGCUGUUCCCAGAUCUUCCUCUACCUGCCAGAGGGAAGUGAUGUGUACGCUGGAAGCUGUCAUACAGCGGACAGACUCUCUGGUUCACAAGCGUCAUCAGUCAGAAACUCGCAGGCUUCUUAUCUGUCCGAGCAGGGCAGCGUUGAGGCUCAGAGUAGGGACAGGACGAGUGUUACCAGGGACCUCUUAGCCCUGCCUUGCCCAAAGGACCGAGCGCUACAGGUGUCGUUGAGCACUCAGACAGUGGAGGAGAAAUGCAUCUGAUUUAAAUCUGUCUGCGGAGAAUUCCUCAGAUUUGUCUGAAGCAGAUCGCCUACUGAUUGACUUCUAAACCUCUGAAAAUGAGGGAAGGCACAUUAGGUUAAUAACUGACUUGGACACAUGAAGCGAGAAAGAAUAGGACUUAUAGUGCUGUGAGCUUUAUCUCCCGUGUCCUCUGUAUCAGUAUCCAGCUACCUCAAGUGACGGUUAUCUCUGAUUGUGGGAGCAGAUUUGGUGAUUUUGUCUUAACACAGAUGUUGUAACGCAGAUGACCCAUUUCAUCACAGAUGGAAAAGAUCUCCUCACUUAUUUCAGCGUAUUUGUUCGAUCAUCGUGGAAACCUUUACUGUAAUCUACAGGAGGCCAGUUGUUUAGAAUAAUUGAGUCACACAAUGAAAGCAGUAUUGAAUGUGAUUCUUGUGAGUAAUCGCCAGCAUGUGUGUGACUGAUUUGUUCAACAAACUCUUUUGUGUAGUGGUUUUUGAAGGACAGCAUGUGCUGGUUCCAUCAUCAACGUACCAGUGUUAUUAUGUGGUGAACACAGACGUUUUUGUUCCUCGGCCCUGGAAUAUUCAUGCACGUGUCAUCUCAAAUUAUGAGAACUUUUGUUUUCCACCUUAGAAGGAGGGAACACAGAUUCCUGGUCCGUAGUUACUAAUGUCAAACUAAUUAAAGCUGACUGGAAAUGUGCAGAAAACGUGGUGUAAAUCAGUGGACAGAUGUUGCUUAUUGUGGAAUUUCUUAGAAAUUGGACCUUUCAAGAUGAGCAACACACCUGUCACCUUGACAAAACAGUGUUUUAAAUUAUUGGUUCUCAACCUAGGGGUCGGGACCCCCAAAGAGGUUGCAAGUGAGUUUCCAGGGGUCGCAGGAUGAUUGUGGAGAAUAAAUAAAGUAACAGGGCAAUGGGUUUUCAUUACUUUGCCUGUACCAGUGAUAUCAUUUCCCUGAGUGUUUUUCAGAGUCAAGGUGAGCAGGAGUAGGAGCGGGAGGCUGCUCUUUUUAUUUUGGCACAUUCACCAUCCUGAUUUGUCUUGGAAGGUAAAUUUCAUGGUUAAGGUUGAGAACCACUGUUCUUAAUUAUCGGUGUUGUGUAACAUAUUGUUUGUAAUAAAAUCAUUCUUCUCUACGAGAAGGUUCUAGUUAAUAAAUCAUAACUCUGAAGGGAUUAUCCGCCCUAGAGACGUGUGCUCAUUUAUUAAACUGUACGUAGUUUGAUCAGUAAUCACUCUCAUGAGAGGACACAGAAUAGGUUUUGGGCUGCGGUAAAAUGUGUUUUCAUCAUCAAUUGUUCUGCUGAUUACUCUUACUUAAUCAAUUCAUUAUAUUGUCCAAACGUCAGGAAAUCAAAGGGGCUCUGGGGAACUUCUGUGUUGUGGUAGAAGCCGGUCAUGAUUUUAUAGCAGGCUUUAUUUCCAAACUAACUUUCCGACCCAAGUCCUUCACCAGGAAAUCCAGCAUUAAAGAACUUUAACAAAUCGUGCGCAGGCUUGUAUAAGCAAAAGAGAAAGAUGGGGAAGGAUUCAUUUUUGGUUGGUUUGGUUACAGUCAGCUCACAUACGGCCAAUAAAAAGUGAUUAAUACAUGCAAAUUGCUACAAGUUGUCAGACAUAGCACCUUUAAUUUCUCAGAAAAAACACGGUAUCAGCUUCAAAUUGCUCAUUUUGUCAAAAGCAGAGGUCAAAGACACAAAUUCAACGUUAUAAAACAUAGAAAAACAAAAAAUGACUCACAUUUUAGAGACAGGUUUUUGGCCGAUCCGCUUGAACGCAGCACAAGAAAAAGAAGUGUUUUGGCUCUAUAUCAGUAAGACAGACAUCUCAGGUCACUUCAUUAGACAUCCCAACAAUCAACUCAAAGAUUCAAGUUUGUAAAAGUGCUUAUUACAGCAAACAAGGGCCGAUGAUUCAUACUUUUUUUUUUUUUUGAGUAUCUAAUUUGUGCCACAUUUUUUCGGCAUCUUACAGCGUUAGACAACCGACACCUUCAGUUGCUGUCCACGUGAUAGUCUGAACUUUUGAACUGCUGUUUAUUUGGAAGCCUUCACAUUCAAAUAAGCUUUGUGUCACAAUUUCAGCGGCUUUGAAGCACACAGCCUGCCUGUCUUCCCCCGUUAUCAAAUCCGCGCCAGACUGUUGCUCAACGUCGCCGAUUACAUUCUCGCCUUUCUUGUGUCUCUUGCUGCAGCUUGUUUGUGCGCAAAAAUGCUGAGAAUCACACUUUUGAAGACCAUUUGUUAUACAGACGUCUAGUUAAAUGUAGCGUGACCCAUCAAACAAUGGCUUUUAGUUUAUUCCAACCUUUAGAUUAGGCAUUUUAUUUCUAAAAUCAUCUUGAAUUAAACCUGUAGGCAUGAACUAUUACAUUGUUUGUUAGUUUUCAUAUCUGUAAAGGAGGAACUGCUAAUAACUGAAAACUUCUGUGUGUUCAGGAGUGCAAAUGUGUGCCGUAAAUUAACACCCGCGCUAUCUUUCAACAGCAAACAUGCCCUUUUGACAUGUCAUCAUACGUCGUCAUUGCAAAGCAGAAGUUAAAGUAGAGGCACCAAAUUUCUCACACCCAUUGUUUUGUCUCUCUCUCUCUCUCUCUUUUUUUUAAAACCUCAGGACCUCUAUCAGCACAGACAAAUGGGCCUGAGAGGAUCAGGCUACCACCUUUCCAAAGCUCAUAGACAAAUAACCACAUAUUUAACACUCUAACACAACAGGGUGAGGUUACAUUGAAUUAAGAUUUUCCUACGUGCACAUAAAACUGGUCAAGUGUCAAACAGCUAAUACCAGAUGUGCACAGAAAAACAGAGGGAGCCUUGGUGUGAUGGGAAAAAUAAAUAAAUCAGGGUCUCUGGAAGUAGACCUGGCCGGGAGAGAGAGAGAGAGAAAGAGUGCUUCCCCUUCAGAAACAAUAAACACAAUCCAAGUCUCCAAUUUAUCGCAAUUAAGCUUAAACAAGCAAUGCAGUGGCUAAGACAAACACUUAGCAGGAGGAAAGACUGAGUGUCAGCGCAUCCUCCAGACUCUGGGAACAACACACAUUAAUUAACUGUGAAAAAAUGGGAUUGCACGGUCGUUUCAUGCUGAUGCAUUGAACGAGCCGCCACCUCUCAGCUAUUUGAUCCUAUUUGCUCACACCAGAGUCUGUCGUUCUUGAUUAAAUGUAUAAAUGGGCAAAAUCAGUCAGGCUGCAAUUUACCGUCUGUGCGAACAGGUGUUCAUUCACAUGGAGGACAAAUGAGAACAGCCUCUCCGACCCCUUUAAAAAUCAGAUUUUGUUGAUGAUGAGAUCAGAGAUGGUGACAUUUGGACGAGCGGAUCCACAGCCAGCACAACUUGACAGCGGGUGUCAUUUAAAACAGUUGAGGAAACCUGCAAAGCUGCUUUACAUCAGCAGUGACACUUUGCACCCCGUCCCCUCUGUGCUCAUUGAUAAACAGCAGGAAAAAGACACCUGCUGCUCCUCCACAUCUGCUGUCACUCUCUGUUGAAAGGGAAGAUGAACAAUCCCCACCUGGAAAUAAGCCAGAAGCAAAGCAGAAGUGGUGGUGCAAGCCUUUCAAGUGAUGCAAUGAAGGAAAAAAAACAUGUGUCCCUGCACUGUUUUCAGAGCAGUUUGUCUCACAGUCGUGUGAAGAUCAACCUUUGUCUGCAGCAACAUGAUCCCAGUGCUAACGUACGCACAGAGCAACGAGGCCUUGUUGGGUGAUAAAUAACAAAACAUGUAAAGGGUACAAAAAUAUGGUUCCCAACAUACCAAGCAAAUGAUUUUGUUUUUGUUUUUCCCAGAAUCUCAGAUUUUCGCUGUCAACAUCAGACAGAUUUGAUUGGGACUAUAUUUGCUGUGUAGAAAGUAGUGCCAACCAAAACUGUUUUAUAAAGACAUGCUGAGAAAUGUUCUUGUUUUUAAUGCUGUUAGCACCUCAGCACACAUUUCCAUUUCCUAUAUAAACAACAGGUCUCAGACAUCAGGCGGAGAAAGUCUGAUGAAAAAUUCUGUGUGACUGAGUUGUAUUUUUAAUGGAAAAAGGUACCGGAUGCUUAUUUUUGGACCAUUGCUCGAGACUAAAGGUCUUGGUCUCAGACCUCAACACCUGGUAAAAUAAAGUACUGUAUGCGGCGACACGUUUAAAAAGAAAAGCAUUACUGUAAUCACACUACAUUUGACUGCGAUGCUUUUACUGGUCCUGAGUACAGUAAUUGAAGAAGAAAGAUCCUCCUUGUUACAUACAGUUGAUAUGAGGACACUGUAAAGUUUAAUGUUAGAAUCAGGCUUUGGAAGUAAUGGAAUAAAUGUUAAUAACAGGACUGCAUAAUUAGGAUACAAAAAUAAGGUAUCUGCAUUCUUGCAAAUUUAUAGAAAAAAAUAUAUAUAAUUAGAUUACAGAUACAUUUAGUAAAGUAAUGGAAAGUAAGCAAGUUACAUUACUUAUUACAUCGUGAUACUUGGAUCGCUUUACUGACUUUAACAGGCUAUUAGUAACUGCAUCAGAAAACACUCAUAAAGUCACCCUGAUGAUAAGGGUCAUCAUGUGACAAUACAACUCAGGCAACUUUGCAGGGGAAUGCAAAUGCAAUGUAAUGAGUUGUGUGCUUACUUUCCACUGGGAUACACAAGUAUCCUGUGGGGAUGAUGUUGUUCUUUUAAUUGGCGCUGGUAUCAUCUCAGAUAAACGUGUCCAUAUCUGUAAGUCUGUCGAGUCUCGCCAACUCGCUGUUUAAGCACCACCCACUUAUGUAAUAGCUUUAGAAAGAUGACGUUUUGAUUGGUUACCUGUAAACAUCACUAGAAUAUUUGGCCUGCCCGAACGGAGCAAGUCUGCCAUUGCACAACCAAAACAUGAAGAGGCGGUGUUUUCAGACUAAUCUAGGAGUGUGGUUUAGACUGUCUUAAUUUGGAAAGUGUCACGCGAUGUCAUGGUGCUAUAAAAAUAAAG